GCAAGCCGGAUUUUAGCUUCCUUCUCGUCUCACUCUCCCCACAUCUCUCCCUUUCUCUCUCUCUUCAAAAGGCAUUAGUAGCUUUAGACCGAUAAGUCUGAUGACCUGUAAGUUUGCCUGCACAAUUUAGUCAUGCAGUUUAUUGGAGAUGUGUAAAAAAAAAAAUUCCGUUACAUAUUAGCUGUAAGUCAUGUCCUUUUUUCCUCGGUUUUAGUCUUGACAAUGUACAGUCAAGCGGAACCAUGCACUGUAAGACAGAUAGUGACCUUGAUACAACGUGUCCAUUUGUCUCAAAGAGACAAGUUAUUAUAGCUGCAUCAAAAGAGUUCAACACCGGUUUGUAGAAGUAUACUAGCGAACCGAGUAUAAAUGGUUUCCACGUAAUUAUGAUCAAUAAAUGAUGGCAUCAAAAAAAUUUUUGUAUUUUGCUUACGGAAGCAACUUACUGCGCGAGCGAGUCAUGCUAAACAAUCCCAGUGCUACCUUCAAAUGCAUUGGCAAAUUAGAGGGUUACAUCCUCACGUUUAAAGGUUCAUGGUCUCGCUGGAGAGGAGCAGCUGCCAGCAUCUCUAAGAAGAAUGAUGGCCAUGUUUGGGGAGUGAUCUGGGAGGUUGAUCUUGGCGACAUAGAGAAUUUAGACAGGCAGGAGACUUUCUAUGAUGCUAUUGAGGUACCUGUUUCUAGCAUCUCCAACGAAGUUUUAAGAUGUCGCACUUACAAACUGUCAAGGGGGUACAAACCAGGCAAACCAUCCCCUCACUACAAGGAUGUCAUUGUACGUGGAGCUCGACAGAACAGCUUACCUGCAGUUUACAUUGCUUUUUUAGAAUCUCUUGAGGACAAUGGGUAUGCUGGAGAAGUUGAAGUGUACAAUUCAGUGAUGCAGCUGUUGCAAGCAGAUAAUUGAAGUUACUCUAACUUAGCAGUUUCAAGGAAUAGUAGUGUGCAGAUCUCAAGAGACAGAUGAGACAGGAAAUUCAUUCUCCACAAGACCAGUAUCCAAUCUUUAAUUUCCUUUUGUCUAAGUUUUAAACAUCCCUUUAAUAUAUUUUCAAGGGUAUAGCAUUCAGUUCUUCCAUUUAAGAUUGAUAUAUACAGCUUGUCUUUUUCUAAUGUAUAAUAUGCAUUAACUGAGCAAAAUAGCAUAUGAAAAGGUGUGCUCAUUAAACACAAAUAUUAACAAGUUAGUCUGCAUAAAUAAAAGAUUGCUUUUAUAGACUUGGCUUCGCAACCUAAAAUAGUCAUUUAGUUAGCCCAGAAGAUUUCCUUAAAUUUAAUAGGAUGCCUCUCUGCUCACUAUCCUGCGCUUUUGAGAAGGUUUUACGUAUUUUUUUUAAGAUAUUUUUACUUUUUACUUGUAAGCUUAUAAUUGAUUAAAGGUCAUGUGGAGAUAAAGGAUGUCUUCAUAGAUCAGAGCUGGAUUUA